AUGGAACAAGGGGGCUUUAUUUUAAGGUCUUGGAACUCCAAUUGUGUAGAGUUGAGAGAAGAAAUGUCGUCUGAUAAUAGACUUGUUGAACAUUCUUGCGAAGAGGAUAAAAUAUUGGGUUAUAGAUUCAACGUAAAUAAUGAUUCUUUUAGUCUUGCGCCUUGUAAAAUAGACCCAGAAGCAGACACAAAAAGAAAAGUAUUGUCACAAACUUCUAAAAUAUUUGAUCCUUUGAAUAUAGUCCUUCCUGUAACAAUAAGAGGCAAAAUUUUAAUGAGAAAAAUAUGGAAAUUAGAUGUUGGUUGGGAUCAAAAUUUACCUAAAGAACAUUGUGGGGAAAUGAAAAUUAUUAGUAGAGAUUUUGAAAUGUUAUCUGAACUUAAAUUUCCUAGAGAGUCCCUUAAUGAACUAGACUCGUAUGGUCUUCACAUUUUUUGUGAUAGCUCUGUGGAGGCCUAUGGGUUUGUGGCCUAUGCGGUUAAUCAAAAUGAUAAAAGUUCUUAUUUGUUCUCCAAAUCUAAAUUGGCUCCACUGAAUAAGAGAAAUGAGCAUAGUGUCCCCACUUUGGAACUAAUGGGAGUAAUUCUAGCUUUUAAAUGUUUACCUUUACUAGAAGCCUACAAUAAUAUAAAUUUUCAAUUCAUUAAUAUUUGUGUUGAUGCUCAAGUGGUUUUAAAUUGGCUAUUGACCAGAGAAACUAAAAUAAAAUCUAAAUUUGUUAGAAAUAGAGUACUUGAGGCAGAUGGUCUUAAAGUUGAAAUAUCUAAGCUAUUUAAACUACCUGUCUUAUAUCACUAUGUAAAUACAGAAGAAAAUCCUGCUGACAUGAUCACCAGAGGUUUAUCCUAUACUAAAUAUUUAAGUAAAUCAACUUAUUGGCUAGAAGGUCCAGAAUGGUUGAGUAAUGAUUUUGACAAGUGGCCUCUUUACCCUUUAUUGAGUAUAUCGCCUUACUAUAAGCAUCAAAUAAGUACAGUAUGCGCUAUGCAAAUAAAUAAAGUAAAUGCUGGUAUUCUCAAUAUAAAUAAAAUGUCAAAUUAUGAACAAUUGUUAAGAAUUACCAGUUACUUGUUCAAAUUUUGUAGUAGAUUAAAGGGUGGUGAUCCUAAAAAGAAAGCCUUAGAGUAUUGGGUGAAAAUUGCACAGAAAGAAUACUUUACAGUAGAAUUAGAUUUUUUACAAAGCAGUGCCAAUAUUACUAAUAAUAUACCUCCUCUAGUGUCCAAUUUAAAUUUAUUUUUAGAUUCAAAGGGUAUAAUUAGGUCUAGGGGAAGAAUAUCUAAGUGUUUGUACUUUGACUUUGAUGUUCAUAACCCAGUAUUACUUCCUAAAGAGCAUAGGUUCCCCUCAUUGUUAAUAAAGCAUUGUCAUUUGAAGGUACAGCAUUUAGGAAUAGGCACUACAUUAAACUACCUUAGGAAACAGGGAUUUUGGAUUCCCAAGGGUAGGUCAGCAGUAAAGACUGAGCUGAGUAGUUGUAAUAUAUGUAGGAAAUAUAAUGCCUUAGCUUACAGAUACCCGAAGUUUACAGAUAUGCCUAAACACCACAUGAAUUUAGUCAAGCCUUUUCAGCAUUGGGAAAAUAGAAUUAAAGUUGGUGACAUUGUCCUAAUUAAAGCUAUUAAUAAGCCCAGACCAUUUUGGAUGAUGGGUAAGGUAUUAGAAUUAAUAUUAGGAUUUGACAAUAAAAUUAGGUCAGUGAAACUAAAGCAAGCUAAUGGGGCUAUAGAAUAUCAUUCUAUUUGUAAUCUUUAUCCUAUGGAACUGUCAGUGACACAUGCUAUAAGAGAAAGGCAAACCAGAGAUAAUUCAAUGGAAAUUGAGGUAGAAACAGGCAGUAUAAAUAAACCUGAAUCUAUUCACGUUGAACAAGGCGAAAGGUCUGUAAGACCCAAGAGAAAGGCUACCGAAAGAUUUGAAAGAAUGCUAAGGGAAAAUUUAGAUAAUUUGUAA